UUCGUUAAAAUAUCUCCCUUUCUUUAAUCAACGUGACAAUUAACACUAAGCUAAACUCAGAGUCGACUCACUGUUUCCUAGCAGUACAUGUAGUAUAGAUACCAUCUUUACAUACCAAAUUAAAUCUUGUAAUUAAGCUAGAGCGGCUUGGCAUUGUUCUUGAGUGGUGCAGUCAAAAGCAAUGUUCUGAAGCAGGUUCUGUUAAGCCUCAUCUUUCUAUCCAUAUAUAAGAUUCCGACCUGCUGAACCAUAAUUCGAGUCUCUUCAACUUAUUUUUUUCUUGGACUCCAGGAUUUAAUUCCAAGGAAGGCUGAAGAUGUUGAUUCUAUCAGAAGAAGAGUUUCUCUUCCUUGUACAGAACUAUUAUGAUAUCAUCUUUGCUGCAAUUUUUUGUUUAGGAGUAACAUUUUUCAUCUCAAACAUGUUUAGAGGAGUUGCAAGUAAGAAAGGCAGCAUCCCUGGCCGGCUAGGCUUACCUUUUGUUGGUGAAACUCUCUCUUUCUUCUCAGCCAUUAAUAGUACCAAAGGAUCGUACGAGUUUGUGAGACUCCGACGACUAUGGCAUGGCGAGUGGUUCAAAACAAGACUACUUGGCAAAAUUCAUGUGUUUGUUCCAAGUGUUGAAGGUGCAAAAGCAAUAUUUUCCAAUGACUUUGUGCAAUUCAACAAAGGAUAUGUGAAAUCAAUGGCAGAUGUUGUAGGAAAGAAGAGCUUGCUAUGCUCUCCUCAAGAGAGUCAUAAAAGGAUUAGGCGUAUCCUCUCUGAUCAAUUCUCUAUGAAUUCUUUAUCUAAGUUUGUUCAGAAGCUUGAUCACAUGCUUUGUGAAAGGCUGAAGAAAUUAGAAGAAGGUGGCAAAAGCUUUCCAAUGCUCGACGUAAGUAUGAAGAUAACAUUUGAUGCAAUGUGUGACAUGCUGAUGAGCAUCACUGAUCAUUACUUGCUACGACAGCUCGAGAGAGACUGCAGCGAUGUUUCUGAUGCCAUGUUAUCCUUUCCUGUCAUGAUUCCUGGCACCAGAUACUACAAAGGCAUUAAGGCACGUAAAAGGCUCAUGGAAACUUUUGAAGUGAUGAUUGCCAGUCGACGGAGUGGAAAGGAGUCUCCUGAAGAUUUUUUGCAGUCCAUGUUACAGAGAGAUUCAUAUACAACCAGUGAAAAGCUUGAUGACUGGGAAAUUAAGGAUAAUCUAUUGACACUAAUAAUUGCUGGGUAUACCACCACUGCAGCUGCAAUGAUGUGGAGUGUCAAGUUCUUGGAUGAGAACAAAGAAGCCCAACACAAGCUCAGGGAAGAGCAAUUGGCAAUACUCAGAAACAAGCCUGAUGGAUACUUACUUACCCUUGAAGAUCUUAACAACAUGUCCUAUGGCUCAAAGGUUGUCAAAGAGACAUUGAGAAUGUCAAAUAUCGUAUUGUGGUUUCCGCGUGUUGCACUUAAUGACUGCAUAAUUGAAGGUUUCGAGAUAAAGAAGGGAUGGCAUGUUAACGUAGACGCAACUCGCAUACAUCAUGAUCCAGCUUUGUACAAGGACCCUAUGCAAUUCAACCCUUCAAGAUUUGAUGAAAUGCAAAAGCCAUACAGUUACUUUCCUUUUGGAUUGGGAACUAGGACAUGCUUGGGAAUGAAUAUGGGAAAAGUGGCACUGUUGGUGUUCUUAAAUAGACUGAGCAGUGGAUACAAGUGGAAGGUUGAUGAUCUUGAUCCAUCCCUAGAUAACAAAGGUCAUAUACCAACGUUGAGGAGUGGCUGCCCAAUAACCUUAACGGCCUUGUAGACUUAGACAGAAGCGAGCUGAGACAUUUGGCUCUUUGUUCUUUGUAUGAAGGUGUCAGAAAAUGCCUGAGAUCUCCAGGCUUGAAGGAUGUCGAGAGUUCUUUUUUACUUUGAUGAAUAGUGAUUGAAGGACUUGUGCUGUGUGUGCAAUCAUAGUGAGAUGUAGAAAUACGUGAUGGAAGAUAUGUUUGUAAGAGCUUCUAUUGUGCGAGCUUGCAGGAAAAUAUAAAUUGGAAGAGUGGUGCUAGGCCGGUCCCAUGCGGUGGGGCCACCUGAUUUGUGUCCAAGUCUAGGCUGAAUCACCCCCAAACAGAUAUUAUCCUAACUAGAAUGCUUGAAGGAAUAGAAACUGGACUCAAUAUUAGUAGUGAAUUUACAGAGUUUUUUGCACUUUAAUUAAGCUUGGAUUGUAUAGUAUAAGUGCAAGAUUUAGCAGAAUUGGUUACUAUUCUUUCAAGUCUCAUUAUUAAAUUUAGGGACGGAAAAAUUAGAGUAGAAAACAAAAGACUCU